AUGGAGGAGCUCGAACAUCAACUUCGCGCUUUUCGAAUUCAGAACUGCAGAUGCUUCUGCUGCUCGGUGGACCAUAUCCAUCCGGAAACUAAAGCACCACUACCCUGUGAUCGAGAGUUGAUCUUGGAGGCUGUGAAGAAGUGGUAUUUUCAAGACAUAUCUUCUGCUCAGGAGAAGGAAGACGAAGCCUCCGACGAACCCCAUUGGGAGAAGUUCAACCGGACGGCGCAGCAAGAGCUUCUGCCCAUAGUCUUGGAUUCGGUCGGCACCGGCCGGACGUGCAUGUCCUACUUUUCAACCUUGGUGUGGGCGGCCAGCCUACCCAGUCUCAUAUUUUGGCUGCCCGCCUACGUCGAGAACGAGCAUGGCUUCGAGGGUUCUCAUCUCAUUGUUUGGUGGGUCCGUUGCUGCUUGCACUGGGCCACCUUCCCUCUUGGCAUCCUCUGGUAUUUCAACGUCUACUGGUGGCUGUGUCUGCUUGGCCUCCGCAUGGACAGGUGCUGCCAAGGAAAGCGCUUGUUGAUUUCGUGCCUCUUGCUUCUUCCUCUCUUCUUCUUGGGUCUUGGGCCGGCAUAUGUCGUGGAGUUCUCCAGGGCAGCCACGGAGACCCCCAGCUUGCUUCCGGUGCUUCCCUUCUCUUUGCUGCUGGCCGCGGUGUUUUCACAGAGAUGUCGGCUUUUUGGGGCUCGGUCCCCUGAUCCGCCGACUUCGGCCCAGCCGGCGGAGCAGAGGAAGGACGAAAACGAGUCCGUUGACGCAACCAGCCAGGCAAAUCUACCCCGUCGCGACGCGGCCCCGGACGAGGAUCUGGUGAGUUGCACGUUCUGA